ACGUCUAAACGGAAGCGUUAGCGCCGGAGGUGAGGCGGAAAAAAAAACAUGCGGAAGAACUGAGGGGGAAAUCAUUUAAAAUCCUCCGGAUCUGAAGAGGAACAGCUGACUCUGGUUUAGUUUUUUAUUGUUUUGUUUGUUUUUUGUUUGAUUGUUUUGUUUGUUUGUGGUUGAAGUUGUUUCUGCGCGCGGGUGUUGGUUUCCACAUGGACUUGCGGACGGGCUUGAGGACUUGUGGAGGACGACAGAGGGACAUGAGGAGACGGGGGACACGGGAUGCGCGCGGCGGCUGCUGCUGAUGGAGGAGAGGACGCACGCUUUCGGAGGAAAUCCCUGAGGCGCGUGCCGUUGCUGCGCCGCGCGCGCUUUGGAGAUGCGAUGCAGACGCACGCGCGCCCGCGCGCGCGCAGGAGUGCGUGCGACCUGCUCUCUUGAAGACGCUUUGUGUUCCUCUGUUCUGCGCACUGAGGAACACACACUGAGGAACACACACUGAUGUGAACUAUGAGCAAGAAGGAAGACAUGCAUGAUGGAUAAAUAAUAAUAAUAAUAAUAAUAAAAAGAAUAAAAAACAAAACAAAACCAGCACAGAGAAGGCCUGUCUGUCAUCGUAGCGAUGAUUGCGACCGGGGGUGUAAUCACGGGCCUUGCAGCCCUGAAGAGGCAGGACUCUGCCCGUUCCCAGCAUCAUCUGCCCAUCCAGUCACCUGUCCCACCUCCUGAGAAGAAACGUCUAAAAAGAAAACCUCGCACGGAUAUCGUCGUGGUGCGCGGAAAAAUCCGCCUUUAUUCUGCCUCUGGUUUCUUUCUAGUCCUUGGAGUCCUGAUUUUGAUGGUCGGUAUUGCCAUGGCUGUUCUGGGGUAUUGGCCUCACAAGGACCACCAGACAUCACCCGAGAGCAAUCACUCGGGGAAUGACACGCAAGCGGAAGCCAUGAAGGAGCAAACAGGGAAGGUGGCGCAGUUUUUUGAGCAGCACUUGCACUCAGAGAAAAUGAAGAUGCUCGGACCGUUUACAAUGGGCAUCGGGAUAUUCAUCUUCAUCUGUGCAAAUGCUAUUUUACACGAGAACAGGGACCGAGAAACAAAGGUCAUCCACAUGAGGGACAUGUACUCAACAGUCAUAGACAUUCACAGUUUAAGAUUGCAAGAGCAGAAGUGUAUGAAUGGGGCAUACACAGGUCCAUAUUCUGAUCAUGAGAUUCGCUCAUUUGGUCAAGACAGUCAGUACACCUCGCGGCUAGCGGCUAACACACUGCUGACAUUCUCUGGAAUGGGUGGUGACGUACGGCUGUCCCGCCGCACAAGUUCGGCCGAAGAUGAGGAAGGACUAAUGAGCGAAGGAGGCAUGAGCUUGUUGUCACCUGGAUACAGGGAACGUUCCGGAUCGAUAUUCGGGUUUCAACCAGAAGGCUUACGUCACUGGGAAGACAAGCGUAAAGAUCUGAAGAAGUGCCAGACGCGCUCCAUUGUAUCAUCCUCGAUUAGCGCCUUCACACUUCCCGUCAUCAAACUCAACAAUUGCGUGAUUGACGAGCCUGACAUUGACAACAUAACUGAGGACUCUGAGCAGCUACGAGAAAGAUCCAUACCUUCGUCUAUGGAAUCCUUAACUGUACCUAUUCCAGAUAUAUCAAAAGCCUUCAAGCCUCCCAGUACAGCGUUGCUCCGCAGUAACUCUGCUACAGAAUGUCCUGAAAUUUCAUCUCCAUCUGCUUCACCAUGCUCUCUUUCCCCUGGAUCCACCAGUGGCCGCUUUCUUUCUCCCGGAGCAGCCCGGAAAGACUUUGGCUCUAAUAACUCUAUCCAUAUGCUCUCGGCUCACUCCAAGUCGUUAGACCUGGAACGAGGUCCCACCAUGCUGACUGUACAACCAGAACAGCGCAAGCACCCCAGCUGGCCGAGGCUAGAUCGCAGCAACAGUAAAGGCUACACCAAACUGGAGAAUAAAGAAGACCCGAUGGACAGGCUCCUGGUGCCCCCAGUGGCUAUUAAGCGGGAUUACACCAAAAAAGAGAAACUGCUCAUGAUCUCACGGUCGCACAACAAUUUGAGUUUUGAGCAUGAUGAGUUCAUAAGUAGCACUCUAAAAAGAGGGACGUCAGAGACCAGGUUCUAAAGGACAUAUUGUGCACACAUCUUCAUCCCUCUGCAAUAUAUAAAAACUUUUUGUUGUUUCGCCAUUUUUUAAGUGGUUGUAAAUUUCAGAAACACAAGUCCCAUGGACUGCUAGCUCAGGUGGAUAUUCUGAUAGACAGAGCAUUUCUUAAAAAAAAAAAAAAAAAAAAAAAGGGUGAGGAUUUGUUACCCCGGAAACAAAAAAACUCACAUGUGAACCGCUGUAAAUAGACUGUGAUGAUAAUUGAUGUGUCAUUUGUUCAAUUUGUUCAAUUAAUUUCAGUACGUUUCUGUAUUUGAUAACCGUUGAUACAGGACCUAUUGUUAGUUUUGUGUAGCGAGUGUGUGCGUUGUUGUACCAGAGAUGGGUGAUUAUUUUGCUAUAAGGUUUUAAAUAAUUUAUCGUGUGAAAAACCAACACAUGGCUAUUUUUGAACAAGAGUCUUCAAUGUAUUAUUUAUCUGUUUCUCAGAAUAAAAGUCAACUUUUCACACAA